AUGUCUCCAGCGUGGUUGGCCUCACCAGUGGCUCUUAGUCUAAUUUUUCUGGUGUUGCAGAACAGCAUAUUGGUUGUUUUAACGCGCUACUCACGUGUCAAUGUACCCCCGGAAAUGCGCUAUCACACCUCUACGCUCGUGCUCAAUCAGGAGGUCGUCAAGAUGGUGCUUUGCAUCAUCAUAUUUGCAGUUGAGAACCGGCUCGCUCUCAGGGCUCCACUUCUUGAAAUCCGGGAUACUUCUGCCGUUUCCCCCAGCGUGUCGACACUUCUCUGGCGUGUUGUUUUCCACAAGGAGACCCUAAAGAUUUCUGUUCCUGCCGCAUUGUUUACUUUGCAGAACUAUCUUAUUUUCGUCGGUCUCGCAAAUCUAGAUGCAACAACAUUUCAGGUGUGGUCGCAGACAAAGCUGCUCUCUGCAGCCGUUCUGUCUGUUCUAAUGCUUGGGCGGCGUCUCUCAAUGAUGCAGUGGGUUUCACUGUUCGUGCUAACGCUGGGAGUCCUCCUCACGCAGCAACAGGACUUGAAGAAAACAGAAACGAUACCGACGUCUGAAGAGCAUAAUUCACAACGCCCUCUGCUUGGAAUUGCCGCCUGUGUGCUCUCGGGAAUCUCCUCAAGUUAUGCCGGUGUGUACUUUGAAAAGGUUGUUAAAACGACGGCUCCGUCGCUGGCAGUGCGGAAUAUCCAUUUAUCGUUAUUUGGCAUCCCUUUUGCUGCGAUCUCCAUGUUCUUUCUUGAUAUAUUACCGACGUGGCGUAACCCUGCAGAACAAGAACAGACAUUCGAGUACUGGCGUGGCUACGAUCAGUGGCUUACUCUCUGUCUCGUUUUCAUACACGCCCUUGGUGGUUUGCUUGUUGCAAUUGCUGUGAAGUAUGCCGACAACAUUGUCAAGGGUUUCGCUACAGGCGUCGCAGUGGUUGUGAGCGGCGUGAUGUCGUUUUCCAUUUGGGGAGUUGUUCCCUCCAUGGCGUUUUUGUGGGGAUGCGCCCUCAUUACGUUGGCCACCGUAGUCUACCACAAAUACGACAUUCGCGUGCAGUCGCGGUAA